AUUCAGUAGCUCUAGCUCUCACAGUCUCAAUCUGUUUUUGGUUUAGCCUGCCGCAAGACACAGCAGUCCGGGUGAGUCAGUCGACGGAAGUUGUAGCUACAGGUGUGCACUUAUUGUGUUCUUUCGGGAAAAAGGAGGCGUGUAACAAAGCAAGACCUGCUAACAUUUUCAAGGUUGACUACUAGGGCAAAACCUCUGGACGAAACAUGGUUAUUACCUGCCGUGGAUGUGACCGUUUUCAGUAGUCUAAUAUACUAUUCCGCGCCUCAGGAAACAACACAGGGAAGCGCGCGAUGGAGUUUCGGCUCGUGCUCACAUGCCUGCUGUUCAGCUUUCACCUGCGCGCGGGAAAGUCGCAGAGCUCGAGCUCCGGUUCAGUUUUGAACUGCUGUGAAGGCGAUGUCUUGUUCCUGUUGGAUUCUUCGGGCAGUGUCUCUAUGUUUGAGUUUUCGCACAUGCUAAACUUCCUGUCAGAGCUUGUGCAGCCUUUUUCUCUGGGUCAUGGCCAGGUGAGGAUGGCGCUGUUGCAGGUUGGCACAAUGCCACACCUGGAGUUUGGCUUCGAGGCUUAUAGCAGGCAGCAGGACCUUCAGGAAGCACUGCAGAGGACUCAAAAACUUGGGGGAGACACCAAUACAGAGGAAGCUCUUCUGAUCGCCAAGGAGGAGGUGUUGAAGCAGGGCAUCCCAGGAGGAGCCAGAGAAGGACUGCCAAGAGUGCUGGUGUGGCUUACUGAUGGUGUGGAGCCUGGAGAUGUGCAGCAGUUCAUGACUGAGCUGCGGAACGAGGGUGUCUAUGUGCUGGCUGUGUCCACUGGUCGAGGGAACUACCAGGUACUAAGGGAUGUUGUGAGUCCACCUGCUGAGGAUCACCUGCACUUUGUGGAUAUCGAAGACAUGAGUAUCAUCACUGAGGACUUGAGGAAUGCCAUCAUUGAAAUCAUUCGUGCUAAGAGGCUGCAGGUUCAAGACAUCACCUCUACUAGUGCAGAGUUGCACUGGAGGCCUGUGCUUGCAGGUACCGGGUACUAUGACAUCCGGUUUGGACCUGUUCACUCGGGACAUACAGAAACGAGUAUGAAAGAGAAUGGUACUGACCAAAGCACAGCUGUAAGCCCCUAUCAGAGAAUCACCCGCCCAGGCAACUCCAGCUCUACCAGGCUGAGCAACCUACGUCCGGACACCACAUACAAUGUCUCGCUAAUACCGCGAUCCAACUUAGAGGCCUUUAACACCCUACAUACCACCUUCACCACACAGCCAGAGAUCCAGAGCCCGGUGCAAGUGACGGUUUCUGAGUCAACCAUGACCAGUGUGAGAGUGAGCUGGGGACCGCUGCAGCCUAAAUCUGUACAGACUUACCAGGUGGAGUACUCCACCCUUCCAACAGGGAAACUCCAUGUGCUCACUGUUAAUAACAGGCAGAACUCAACGGUACUGACUAACCUGCAGCCUGGGACACAGUACCUGGUCACCGUGAGUGCCAGCUACUUCUCUGGCAAAGAGAAAGCCAUGUCUGUCAAAGCAUGCACUCAAGAAGUGUUGCCAGCUCUAGCAGAUCUGCAUCUCACUACAGUGGGAAAUGACUCCGUGCUGGUCAAGUGGAAAGGAGGUGCUGAAGGUUUACGUGGUUACUGGCUGACAUGGGAAGGCGAGUCUAUACGAUCCUCUAGGCAGCGUUCCACUUUAUACCUGCCACCCCACCUCCUCUCUACAACCCUUACCCACGUACCCAGCGAUGCCCGUGUGUGCGUCUCCCCUGUUUACAAGUCAGCUCGGGGAGAAGGCCUGUGCUGUACGGCUCACUUUGGCUCAGCUGCAUUUACUUGGAGUCACAACUUGUAGUUCUGCCAGACAGAUGGAUGAAGAGCUGAAAACCUUACCACAGAUGGAAAAAGGGGAAGAGAAAAGGUUAUAACUCAUACAGUUAUAGCACUUGUUGUCCACAGAGAGGUGCUCUAAAGCAAUUACACCAACUGCACUGAAUAGACAAACUGAAGUUAUUUAAACCAGCAAACACACUAUGCAUGCACCUAAACACAAAAAAGAAUGAAAAAUUGGUAGUAUUUAAGUUAAGAUGGUAAUGAAACCAUUAAAUGUCCAAUGAGAACAUCAGUCAAAAGCAUGUGUUUGUCUGUCGUGUAUAUAUUUUAGUAAUGGAAUUGAAUUUAAUUGAAUAUGUUGGCUUACAGCCCUAUACAUUUUAUGUUUGAAAAGGGAACAAUGAAAUACUUUUAAUAGUUAAGUUAACUUAGGACACACACCUAGCUAAUGUUGCACAUCUAAAACACUGCCUGAAAGUAAAUUAUGUAUUGUUAAGGCACACGAUUAGGGCCAUUUAUCCCAGUGGUUUUUAUACAUGUUCCUGGAGUUCCCCUGCCUUACAUGUUGUUUUUCCUGAUUCAAACAAUCUACUAAUUAACACCCUUCCUGUGUUGACAUGGGGGUACUUGAGGAGGGAAAACAUCACAACAAAACAAAAAGUGCAAGGUAUGGGUCCUGCAGGAUCAGGGUUAGAAACCACUCAUUUAGGCCACUAUAAUUAUCUCUCUAUGAGAUUGUAAGGUUGAUAAAAAUAAGGAACAGAUUUUGAGUUCCUUGUAGCUACUAAUGAGAGGGUGUAACAUGUGUUUUGUGGUCAAGAAGGGCCUUAAUCAGUUUCCAGAAAACUUCAGCGGCACAAUCCACUACCUACACACGUCUACUGAGGGAUGCACAUAAAGAUUUGCUUUUUAUACUUUACUCCUGCAUCUUGUCAUUUCAGGAUGUGUUCAUGAAUGGUUGUGCUUUUUUUUUGCUUUGCACAUUUCCAGUAUGGGGUUGCGGCACAGAAAUCCUCUACUGCCUCCUUGUGGAUUAUCAGAGAUAUUGAUGCUUUUUAUGGUUUAUACAUACAGUACAUUCUAUUAUUUCAAACUAUUGGCAUAAUGUCCACAUUAUGAAGAGCUGCUUUAAAGUUUAACAUGCGUGUAAAUAAGAUGACUCGGAAUUUAGCACUUUCAUUUCCUACUGUUCGCUAAACUACUCAUCAUGCUUGCACACUGUCUUAAUCAAGGUAUAUCAAAUGUAUUGCAUUACAAAAACAUGCUUGUAAAAUAUUUAAUUAUAUACACAUUACACAAUGUCUUAUACUGUACAAGACUCCCCGAACUUUAUUGUUGAUUUUAAAUAAAUAGAUUUCCACUUCCGUAUAAAA